CAAAAAUUAACUAUGAACCCCCGUACCAGUGCCCAGGACGUGCUGCGAUGUGACCUGUGCGAGACUGCUGUGGUACAGAUGCACUGUGAUACAUGUCUUGUCAACCUGUGUAAGGCCUGUGUGGGAGAACACAUGUUAUCUGAUGAAUCCAAAAAACAUGAAGUUGUUAAAUUCUCUCUUAGAAAAUCCACUCCCCUCUACCCUGGAUGUAAAUCUCAUGACAAAGAACGAUGUGAAAUGUACUGUAAUCAAUGUGAUAUUCCUGUCUGUAACAGCUGUCUUGCAUCCAAGCAACAUUUAGGUCAUGAAUUAUCUAAAAUCUUGCAAGUUUUGGAAAAAAAGAAGUACACGAUUAUAAGAGAAAGAAUUGAAUUAAAUGAUACAAUUUAUCCCACGUACCAUGUCAUUGCCUCUGAUGUACAAAACAGAAUGAGUCAGUUAGAAAAGGAAUAUGAGGAUCUCUCAACAGCCAUAACAAAACAUGGAAUGGAUUGCUACAGAGAAAUUGACAAACUUGUCAAGAAACUUAAAGCUGAAGUUGAUCAAAUGAAAAGCACACAGUUCAAAACUCUACAGAAACAUCUGGAUGAAAUUAACAAGAAAAUUUCUAACAUUCAGGAUGAUAUCAAAUCAACAGAAUUUGCAAUAGACACUUAUGACAUGUCAGAACUAUUAAGUGUUACAUCAAAUGUACAUAUGUACAGAAAACUUCCAGAAAAACUAGUACCAUCUUUACCAAAAUUCAUUCCAGGAAAAAUCCUCGGAGAAAUUUUUGGAACCUUAACAUCUAGUUCUUUAACUUCAGAUGAACAUGGCUACAGCAUGACAACAAUACAUAAAUCAACAGAUGCUGCAUCCUCUCCUCCAGUCAAACAGCUGCUUGAUGAACCUCAGACUAUCAUUAACAUACGCACUGGGUAUGGACACCCUUACAAUGUAGCCUGUCUGAGUGAUGAAGAAAUAUGGGCAAGUGGAACUGGCAACCUCAUGAAACUCUUCAGCAUCAACGAGCUCGAGGAACCACAACAACUUAAGUCAAUCAGAACCAAGUCAGGGAACUCGCCAUCUGAUAUAGCUGUUACCAAAAGUGGAGAUCUAGUUUAUACUGAUUACGAUGAUAGAACUGUGAAUUUUGUGAACAAUGAAAAAACAAAGAAUGUGAUCAGAUUACGGAACUGGAAACCUCGCAGUGUCUGUGGCACCUCCUCUGGUGACCUCCUGAUUAUCAUGGAAAGUGAUGAUGACAAACAAAUAAAAGUUGUCAGUUAUUCUGAUUUCGCAGAAAAACAAACCAUUCAGUUUGAUGACGUAGGUAAACCUCUCUAUUCAACAGGUAGUUAUGACCGAUUUAUAACUGAGAACAGGAACCUGGAUAUCUGUGUGUCUGACAGUGGAGCUAAAGCAGUAGUGGUGGUCAAUCAGGCCGGGAAACUGAGAUUCAGGUACACUGGACAUUCUCGUACUACUUCUUCAAAUAAUGAACCUAUCAGUUUACGAGGAAUCAUCACAGACAGUCAGAGUCACAUCCUUACAGCUGAUUAUAACAAUGACUGUGUCCACAUCAUAGACCAGGAUGGACAGUUCCUCCGUUACAUAGAUUGUGUGAUUUAUCCUUGGGGACUUUGUACAGAUACAAAUGACAAUCUGUUUGUAGUUCAAUGGGGAAGCCGACAUGUGAAGAAAAUCAAAUACCUGCAAUGAAAUGAGCGCUUCACUGUCUUGUAUUCUUUGU